AUGCUGUUACUAUAUAUUCUUAUACAUUUAGCUGGUUCACUCGUGGCUUUUGAUACAACAACGGAAAAUUAUACUGUAUCAGUUAGUGGAAAAUGUGUUUUAACUUGUUAUGUAUCUGAAAUUCGUUCAUUUAAAGUAAAACAACUAACAUUAAUUGCUUUUGAUGGUGUUGUCUACUCAAAUAAAGAUCAUUAUCGUCUUGAAUCUGAUUAUGUUGGAUCAUAUAAUUUAAUAAUUGAUCGUGUUAAUGAAGAUGAUCAAGGUGAAUAUCAAUGUCAGAUAAAUACAGAACCAAGAAAAACAAAAAGAAUAUUUCUUACUGUUCAAGUCCCACCACGUAUUACUGAUUUUCGUCCAAAUCCAUCGAUAAUUUCAGUACAAAAUGGUGCACCAUUAGAACUAUUAUGUCGUGCUGAGGGCACACCAACACCUCGUAUACGUUGGCGUAUGCGUGAUAUUGAUAUGAAUCGAAUUGAUUCAUUACCACCCGAUAAUAGUAAUAUAUGGCGUAUUUCAUCAGUUACAAGUCAAUUUCCACGUACAGUUGAAUGUAUUGCUGAUAAUGGUGUUUUACCUGCAUCAAAUCGUAUAUUUACAAUCAAUGUUGAAUUUUCACCUAUUAUUAUAAUUAAUAAUAGUUUUAUUCAAAGUCAAUUAAAUCAAAAUAUUACACUUGAAUGUUCAGUAUUGAGUCGACCAUUUGCUAGGAUUUCUUGGGAAAGAAAAGGAAAAAUUAUUGAUGAUAAUCAACAAAUAAGUAAUAUACAAAUUAAUCAAACAAUGGUAAUAAAUCGAUUAAAUAUUCAGAUAAACAGUAUUGAUGAUUUUGGACAAUAUAAUUGUAUUGCGGAAAAUAUUCAUGGACGAAAAGAAGCUAUUAUAUUUAUUUCACAAGAAAUUAUUGUUCUUUCAACAUUAACAACAAGAAAAUUUCAUCGUCAUUUAAAAAAUACGUCAUUAAGAUUAAAAUCUACUAGAAAACACUUUCGAUCAUCAACGAUAACUACACCAACAAUAACAAUUGCAUAUAUUGAACGUGAUAUUCAUAUCAGUUCAUCUUCUUAUCGUCUAUGGACAUCUCAUAGAUUGAUAAAACUUUUGUUUUUAUUCUUAUUAUUAUUCCGAUUGAAACAUAUCGAAAGAUAA